AUGAAGGGCUUCUGUCUGCGGUCCAAGUCUGAGAGUGAAGACUGUAUCAAGAACCACAUUAUCAAGAUUCAGACUCAGUUCGGCACGAAGAUCAAGUUUGUUCGGCACGAUGGAGCGCAUGAGUUUGCGACCAACUCGAUCACUACCUUCUACGAAGAUCAUGGUAUCGAACAACAGGUCACGGUGCCGUAUGCACACCAGACCAACGGCACCGCAGAACGCGCGAUAAGGACCAUCGUCACGAUCGGACGCAGCUUGUUGCAUCAUGCAAAGCUGGAGAAGUGUUUCUGGGCUGAAGCGGCAAUGACGGCGAUCUACAUCAAGAACCGCCUGCCUUCACCCAAGAUCGACCCCAAGACUCCGUUCGAGAUCGUGUACAAGUCGAAACCAAGUGUCAAGCACAUGCGCGUGUUUGGAUGUCGGGCGUUUAUCCUGACACCAAGGGAGAAGAGAUUGAAGUGGGACCCGAAGGCUCGUGAAGGGAUGUUCAUGGGCUACGAAGAAGCGUCAAAAGCUUAUCGAGUGUACGACAUUGAGGCGGGCCAAGUGGUGAUCAGUCGUGACAUCACCUUCGACGAAUCGACUUUUGACUUUUCGAUGGACCGACCAAGUGACGAUGAUGAAGAUGCGGAGUUGGACCUCGACCUCCUGGCGAUCAACGAGGACGACGUGCGUCAAACCGUCUCCAAGCAUACUGGCAAGCGCAAGAGUGAAGCAAGACUCGGCAUGUCACGUUCAGCUCGCCCUCGAACUGGGUUGGAACAAGCAAGUGCGCCGGAACACGUCUCCAACCGUCACCAGAAACGACGAUCAAGUGCUCCAGAAACGAUGUCUGAUGACGAAGAAGAUGCGAGCGACUACGAUCAAGAUGACGACUCGACGCCUCCAACAUUUUGGCGUGCAAGUGCAAACGCAGUGGAAGCAACGGACCUAGCAGAACCUGUGACUUUUCAAGACGCGAUCAAUGGUCCUGAUCAAGCUCACUGGAGAAAUGCUGUGAAGGCGGAACUCAAGUCGAUGCAUCUUCGUGGAGUUUUCCGUGCGGCAAAACUGCCAAGAGGCCAAGGCGCGAUCGGCACCAAGUGGGUGUUCACGAUCAAACGCAAAGCGGAUGGAUCGGUCGAGAAAUACAAGGCGCGUCUCGUUUCCAAGGGCUUCAAGCAGAAGUACGGCAUCGACUACACAGAGACGUUCUCGCCCGUGGUCAAGUACGUGACACUGCGUAUGGUGAUCGCGAUCACCAAGUAUUUCGACUGGCCACUGGACCAACUCGAUGUGGUGACAGCCUUUCUCUACGGAGUGCUGAAGGAGAAGGUGUACUGCGUGAUACCAGAAGGCAUCGAGAUGGAUGGCGACUUCGACUGUCUCGAGUUGGUGAAUGCAAUCUACGGUCUCAAACAAGCCUCGCGCGUUGGAACGAGACUUUCGACGAGUUCCUCGCUCGAGUUGAUUGCGCAGACGAAGGCCGACCUCAAGACGCGUUUCGAGAUGACCGACAGUGGCAAGUGUACUUUUGUACUGGACAUCGAACUGGUGGACGAAUCGGAUGGCAGCAUGAUGAUGUGCCAGCGACGGUAUGUCAACGACAUCCUCAAGCGCUUCGGCAUGGAUGAGUGCAAGGCCACAGCAAGUCCGGUCGAUUUGAGUACUCGGCUUGUCGCAAGCAGCGAAGCGGCAAAGAUCGACGUUCAUUUUCGUGAAGCUGUGGGAGCUUUGAUGCACUUGACGACUGCGACGCGCCCGGACAUUGCGUAUGCUGUGGGGUACGUCUCGCGCUUCAUGGAGAAUCCGCAGCAAGAACAUUGGACGGCGGUGAAGCGCAUCUUUCGUUACUUGCAAGGGACAAAGUCGCACGGACUCCGCUUCCAGCCAAGCGACAAGAUCGACUUUCGUGGCUACUCGGACGCGGACUGGGCCGGCGACCAUGCUGAUCGCAAAUCAACUUCGGGUUACGCGUUCGUACUUCUCGCGGAAUACAUCGCACUAAGUCUGGCCAUACAGGAAGGCAAGUGGGUGCAUCGCCUGCUAUGUGAGAUUUUGGCGGCCGCAAACGAACCAGGACCGGACCUCGUCAUCCGUGAAGACAACCAGUCGUGCAUCAAGAUGACGAAGAAUCCGGUGAAUCAUGGCCGCGCCAAGCACAUCGACACCAAGUACCAUCACAUCCGUGAUGAGGUCAAGCGCGGUGAAGUGCAGCUCGAGUAUUGCGAGACUUCCGUGAUGAUGGCGGACAUCAUGACCAAGGGACUUUCGGGACCUCGCCACAAGGACUUGACGACGGCUCUCGGCAUUCGUGCGAGUUCGGAUUGA